ACUUCCGCGUCCCGCCGCCGGCCGCCGCCAUCGGACAAUGGGCCGCGCGCCGCGGCUGCAGUGAGCUCUGCUGGAUCCGGCCACCGGCCCCAGGCCAGGGGCUGCCCGGUGUGUUUGCAAGUUCGAUUGUUCGACGUGGAUGUGAGUUUACUUUUUUUCUGUGGACGUUCUCUGUCUUCUUUCGCCUGUUUUGGGUUUUGUGACUUGGAGAAGAGAACUUUUCUAAGCAGGCCGGGCACGGCUGAAGGCUGCUCUGCCCCCACGUGGACGCUCCCCGGGGGAAAAGAAGUCUGAAAGUAAACUUAGCCCCGCUGGCCUGAAGGCCUCAACUCUGGCUGGACUGUGAGUUUUGGAGUCAUGACCUUCUUGCUGGGCAGGUGGGAAUCUUUAUCUGCCUUAGGCUGGACCUGAAACCUCGGCCAGCACCCAAAUCUCCCCCACCACAUUCACACCUUGAACCAGGGCUAGGCCCCGGACACUGAUCUACAACAUGGAUAAAUACGAUGAUCUGGGCCUUGAGGCCAGUAAGUUCAUCGAGGACCUGAACAUGUAUGAGGCCUCCAAGGAUGGGCUCUUCCGGGUGGACAAGGGUGCUGGCAACAACCCAGAAUUUGAGGAAACUCGAAGGGUGUUCGCGACCAAGAUGGCCAAAAUCCACCUCCAGCAGCAGCAACAGCAGCAGCUCCUACAGGAGGAGGCCCUACCUAGGGCAGGCAGAAGCCCGGUCAACGGUGGGAACCGUCAGGGUGCGAGCGGCAAGCUGGCUGCAGAUGGGGCCGCUAAGCCUCCUCUGGCUGUGCCAACAGUGGCACCUGGAUUAGCUACUACCACUGCGGCCGCGCAGCCCUCGUACCCAUCUCAGGAGCAGAGGAUCAGGCCAUCUGCCCAUGGUGCAAGGCCUGGCAGUCAGAACUGUGGUUCCAGGGAGGGGCCUGUGAGUUCCCAGAGACCUGCUUUACACGGCCUGAGUCCCUCCUGUGAAGACCCUUCCUGCCUCACUCACGGAGACUAUUAUGACAAUUUCUCUUUGGCAAGCCCACAGUGGGGUGAUAAACCUGAAGGGUGCCCCAGCGUGAGUCUGGGUGUAGGAAGUGGAUGGCCUGGUUGCCCAGGGAAUGACUCCACAUUGCCCAAAUCCUGUGGAGACCAUCACCCUUACCAGCCACAGCUCUCCACAGUGUGCUCUGGCAGGUCUUUUGAAAGUGGCAUCAGUGGCCAGGACGGUGGCAUUGGUGGCCAUAGCAGCGAGAAGCCAACAGGCCUUUGGUCCACUGCCUCCUCUCAGCGAGUGAACCUCGGUUUUUCUUCCAUGGGCUUGGAGAAUGGGACCUCCGCUCAACCCAAGGGCACAACUGUUUCAGCACCGAUGGUCCCUAGCAGCGCCAGCCAAGGAGCUUGUCCGAAAAGAGAUUCAGGUCUGGGAUAUGAGGCUUCAGGCAGGGUCUUCAAACCCCUUGUGGACACUCAGCCUUGGCUGCAGGAUGGGCCCAAGUCUUACCUCUCAGUUUCUGCUCCAUUAUCCUCGACAGCUGGCAAGGACAGUACCCAGCCAGGUAUGACCACCGGGCUGGAUCCUAAGUUUGGAUGCGUGGAGUCUGGCACUAGUCCCAAGCCCAGCCCCACCAGUAACGUCCAUCCGGUAAUGUCCACUCCAUCUGAGUUAUCUUGUAAAGAGAGUUCUCCCAGCUGGUCCACUGACAGUAGUCUGGAACCUGUGCUCCCAGGGAGUCCCACCCCCUCCAGGGUGAGAUUGCCCUGCCAGACCCUCGCACCGGGCCCUGAGCUUGGACCCUCCACUGCGGAAUUGAAGUUGGAAGCCCUCACCCAGCGUCUGGAGCGAGAGAUGGAUGCUCACCCCAAAGCGGACUACUUCGGUUCCUGUGUGAAAUGCAGCAAAGGGGUGUUUGGAGCUGGCCAGGCCUGUCAGGCCAUGGGAGAUCUCUACCACGAUGCGUGCUUCACCUGUGCAGCCUGCAGCAGGAAGUUAAGAGGAAAGGCCUUCUAUUUUGUCAAUGGCAAAGUAUUCUGUGAGGAAGACUUUUUGUAUUCUGGCUUUCAGCAGUCUGCGGACAGGUGUUUUCUUUGUGGACACCUGAUCAUGGACAUGAUCCUACAGGCCCUAGGGAAGUCCUAUCACCCCGGCUGUUUCCGCUGCGUCAUCUGUAAUGAAUGUCUGGAUGGGGUUCCUUUCACCGUGGACUCUGAGAACAAGAUCUACUGUGUCCGAGACUAUCACAAGGUGCUGGCCCCCAAGUGUGCAGCCUGUGGCCUUCCCAUCCUUCCGCCAGAGGGUUCAGACGAGACCAUCAGAGUUGUGUCCAUGGACAGGGACUACCACGUAGAGUGCUACCACUGUGAGGACUGUGGUCUGGAGCUCAAUGACGAGGACGGUCACCGCUGCUAUCCACUGGAGGACCACCUGUUCUGUCACUCCUGCCAUGUCAAGAGACUGGAGAAAGGACCCUCACCUGCACCCCUCCACCAGCACCACUUCUAGCAAGGAGACACAGUGGAGAUACGGGGCCAGCCUGCUGGGGGAAAUGUCUGUGUAGCACUUCUGAGCUCCCCCACAGCUGGGGCACAGGAAGAGGAGGGGCAGGAGGUCAAGUUCCUGUGUGUGUGAGUGUGUGUGCGCGUGUGAAGAGGGUAUCUUCCUUCUAACCGCAGCAGUGUGCACUCCCCAUCCAGUCCAUGUGUUUUCAAAGUGCUUUUCUCUAUUGCCACACUCUCGCUGAAUCACUCAGGAAGAUGCUCCAGCUUGCACGUGGCCCCUGACACAAGAUGGGGCUUUUGUGACUGGACACAUCCUAGUCCCUGGAAAGCAGGUUUUCAGGUUGUGUUGAGCACAUUCCACAGUGUCCCUAAAGAGAAACCUUGAUAGAGGUGAGCAGCACUUCCUCUGGGCGAGCACCUGCACCCGGAUAACCCUCACACAGCCCAUGGUGUGACUUAACAGUUCAGUCCACUUCAGAGCUUUAGCUCUUCUGAGAAUACUUCAAACACUUGACUGCAUUGCAGCUAGAAAGAGGCUCUGCAUAUGCUUUGUACAUUGGAGUUUGCUUGGUGAAGGAGAGCCAAGCUUGGACAUCUGGGAGGCUGGGUCUCCCUGCUGUGCCUCUGCCUUUCCUCCUGCACCUAAGACAGUGGGGUUGGGGCAGAGGCUUGCCCUGUCCUAUGCAGCCAGCUCAGAGAGAACUGGUGCAGGCGCCAGGCUUCUCGUCCAUGCUUGGUGCUGUGUUUUCAUUGCUUCCUCCAGUCUGUGACAUUGGAGUUGCUUCCUCAAGGUGAGUCUGAGGCUUCCUCAUAUCCCUGUCACCUUGUUCAACUCAUUUGAACAUGACCGUUGGGAAUCCCAGUCCAUAUCCUGGGAGAGAGCUACUUCUAAAAGGAAAGUUUUGUGUGUGAGAUCUCAGAGCUAGCACCAGAGGGAGUGCCCGAGCUUGUUUCAGCGGACUUGUAUCUCUCUGGUCCUCUUCUCAGCACAGACAUUUGCUUGGUUUGAGGAAACUAAUAUAAGGUACACUGCUUUUGUCUGUUUUUUUAAACGUCAUUCUUUCUCUCUACCUUUUCCCACACACAAAACAUACCUCACAGAUAGUUUUCACCAAAUCACAGAUCAAAGAGGAAUUCAUCCAUCCUAUUGGAGACUGUUGGUGUAUCAGCAGUGGCCGUUUUCCAACUCUUGAACUACAGCUAAGCAGUACAGUCGCAACACAAGGUCUUCUGAGACUAGCUGCAACUGAAGUCAUGAGUUCACUCUGGCCUCAUGUGCCUCUGCAUGCUGGCUCCCGAGGUUGCCAGGCUAAGAUGGAGACCACAUGCUGUCAAUAUUAAGACCACUUCUGAGGUGGAUAUGUGGACAUACCCGUCCUCCCAACAUUUGAGAGCCUGAAGUUUGUGAAGAAGGAGUUUAAGGCUGUCCUCAACUACAUGAGGUCAUGAUCUCACUCAAAAAAAAAAAAAAAAAAACUUAAAAGAGAAAGAAAAAAACCCCACCCAGCAUUGAAGAACAUAAUUAACUUUGCCUAUCACUUCCCGAGGCCAGAGGUCAGUGUCUCCUUGGAAGUUCAAAUGGGUAAAACUGGAAAAACAAAAAUGAAAUGGGUUUCCAUCUGCUGUCUUAUCUUCAGGGAGUGUCCCGUGACUUGUGGCAGGAAGGCUGCAGUGUCUUACUUCAGCAGUCAGGCUGGGUACCCAGCAGCUGGCUUGGGUGGUGAAGCAAGGCCGGUAGAGCUCCUGCCACAUGUGAAUGUGGACUCUUGACUAGGCCUCAGCUAGACCUGGUAGCUACUGCAAUCCUGCUGACCUCCAUUGCCUAUGAGAAGUUCAGAACUAGCACUGUGGAUCAGGAGCAUCUUUUUCAUUUUUAUCAGGUUCCUUCUGUUGGGAUCCUUUGGCCAGAUGUUACUCGUUUCCUGUUCUAGACAGAGGCCCCCUUAAAAAAAAAAAAGCUAUGAAUGUAUGGGGUCACCGAGAUAGACCCUGAGACCAGCGCUGUUUUCUCUCUUUGGUUUCCCGGGCUGGCUUUGGCAAGGGUGGCAGGGAAAGGAGAAAACACAAUGUCUUUGCCUUCCUGGAGGCUCUGGUAGAGUCUAAUUUUGUGUCAAGAUGAUUGAUGAAGAUUGCAGUGGAAUUAGUGUCUGAGGUAGAUGGGAUUUGUUUGCAAAUUGAAUAAUUUAAAACUCUGUGAUUAAUUUUUAAAUGAAAUUAAAUGAAAUUCCUGAUUGAAGUGAUUCAGAUCUGUUUGCAAAUACUACAUUUUAUAUUAUCAAAAAAGCAAUAAAGAAAUUUGUAGACUUCCCAGAA